AUGCAAGCUCUCCCCAACUCGUUAUGUACUCUUUGGAACUUGCAAAUCCUCAACUUGGAUGACUGUGUUAGGCUUGAGGCUUUACCUAAGAAGCUCACAUCCUUACGUAAUCUUCGACAUCUAUGUUUGUGGGGCUGCAAGUCAUUGCGUGAGAUGCCAUCUAAAAUGAGAGAAUUGAACGGCCUAAAAACAUUGAGCAUGUUUGUCGUGGGUCACAAGAGAGGUAACCAACUUGAGGAACUGGAAUGCUUGAACAUCAGUGGAAGGCUUCAGAUUAGGCAUCUGGAGAGAGUAAAAGACCAUAUGGAUGCUAAGAAAGCAAAGAUUGCUGAGAAAAACAAUCUUCGUAAUUUGAGAUUGUCGUGGGAAAGAAAUGCUUUAUCCAAGCUAGUCGAGGAAGUUGAUGAAAGGGUCUUGGAAGCACUUGAACCUCACCCCAAUCUUGAACGUCUUUAUAUACAAGGCUUCAGUGGUAGAUAUCUUCCACGUUGGAUGGAAAACUCAACGCAGAGAAAAAUAGUUGAGAUUAAUAUAACUGAUUGUGAAAAUAUUAGGCAUUUUCCAAAACUGGGAGAGUUGCCCCAUCUUGAGAAUCUGUUUUUAACGAAUAUGGGGGUGGAGUAUAUUAUUGAAGAAGAAGAAGUUGGGAGUGGGCACCCAGGACUAUCAAAAGAGCAACAGAGUAGUAAAGAAGCAUUCCCAAAUCUGGAAUGCCUAAGUAUCAAGCGUUGCUCUUCAUUUGUAUUUCCAUCAAUCUCGUCCCUUGAAAAGUUGAAGUAUCUAGGAUGUAGAAGCUCAGACUUGGCUUUAUUAUCUGAGCACGACAUUCCUAGUAAGCUGUCAAUCGAGGUUGAAGAGAACCUGACUUGUUUCCCAAUAGAAGCGCUGAAAAAGUUUAGUAAGUUGCGGUCAUUGACAAUUGAGAAUGCAAAAGAGAUCUCUUUGACAAGAGAAGUUACACUGGAUCUUCCCAAGAUCACGCGCUUGCCUCAAGCCUUUCAGCACCUCACUUUUCUAUGCCUUGCAGAUCUUCCUAACCUGGAAUCACUUCCAGAUCAGCCACCAUCUCUCUCUUCACUCGAUGUUACGAGCUGCCCAAAGGUUGUAUCGAUUUCUGAUCUGCCAAAUCUGAAAGUGCUAUCAGUCAUUGGAUGCCCACAACUGGAAAGGAGAUUGGAAUCAUUCUUCAAGAUUAAGAAGAUGUACCAGAAACAGCAUUGGAGAAAGAUUACAAGGAUGAUGUUCAGAACUCUGCCCGAAGAGGUAGAUGUUGAGCUAGCCACAGAAAUGAAUGAUUUGGGCCUUCCCCUCUCUUUCCGAGCCAAUAAAGAUCUAUUGCCUUUGGCUAGUGUGACGAGAAAGGGGAAGAGCUCGUGCGAGAAAGAGAAAACAGCAAAGUCGUAUUGA